AUGAAGAAUGUGCCUAGACUCGUUGGCGCGCUAGUACCAUUCCUAGCCGUAGCAGCUGCAAACGCUAUAAAUAUCCCAAUGAUGAGGAGCAAUGAGUUCGUCGUUGGAAUUCCUGUCGAAGAUGAAAAUGGAGAAGUGUUAGGAUCGUCGUUGGCCGUACCCUACAAAGCCAUUCCACAAGUGACAAUCAGUCGAAUUGGUAUGGCCACCCCAAGCAUGGUGCUCGGCCCAAUUAUUUUCCAAAGAAUCAUGAAAAUGCGAUCGUAUAAGCCAUGGAUGGCUGCUCCAAUUCAAACGCUUAUGUGCGGUUUCUUCUUGACGUUCUCAACUCCAUUAUGUUGUGCACUGUUCCCACAGAAAACUCCUAUUGCGGUGAAGCAACUUGAACCUGAACUGCAGCAGAAAAUAGCCCUGCUGAAAAAUCCUCCAGAAUACGUCUAUUACAAUAAAGGGUUGUGA